CUUGCUUUGCUUGUGUGUGUGGGGGGGAGUUGGUAGGCGUUUCCCCUGUAAGGUGAAUAACGUUUUUUUUUUUUUAAGUGAUGAAUGAAACCGGCUCAUAAUUUGCAAAUGUCUGCAUGCCAUCAUGGAGGAUACACACUGGUGGCAUCAUGUUUCCAAAAAGCCAUUCUGUUGGAAUGUAAAAAUAAUGUUUUGUCUGAAAGUUUGCUUGUCGCGCUUGGACUUUGCAUUUUUGCAAACUUUGAUUUGACGCAGUAACGCGCUGACUGUCGGUGCGAGUUGACUCGAGUUUAGGGGGGAGGUAAACAAGAUGGCGACGACCUGACUGGAGAGUAAUACGAAGAGUCCGAACAAAACAACAAAAAAAGGAAAGAAAUUAUAUGCAACUUGGUUCGAUUUACAUCAUUUUUAUUCUGAAGACCGACAUUCAAGAAACGAAUAAAGACUGGGACCAAGCAAAGACACAACAGGAUUUUAGGCAGCCUGCACCGUGGUGGAAUGGAGGCCACCUGAAGCCGGGAGGAGCACACUUUCGGACGGCUUGGUCUUUCCACUUUAGCCCAGCUGCAUGAAAUAAGCAGUGGAAGUGGGUUUGGAUACAGUCCAAGUUUACAUGUGUCCCGAGGCUGCCAAUAUUAUUUAUUCAGCAUGGAUCCUUGACAGAACUGUGCAACAUGGCCUUAAACCAGGGCUGGUGGCCCCUACAUAAGGGUGAAUCAAAUUAAUUAAGUGGGGGGAAAAAAUAAAUAUAUUUUUGUUGAAGUGCACUUGUCUCAAACAAAAGGCACAUGAUGAAACACUAACAUAGUGGACCUAAUACACUUUCACCUCAGUGUGCAGCUUUUUAUUAAUAAGAACAAUAAUGUUUACAAAUCUAGACUGAUCCCUACCUCAACCUGAGGUCUCCCUCUCCCAUCUUCAGUAUUUCUCUUACCUCUUAUUUUUGGGCCAAGAGGUUAACAGUGGAUUACUCGUCACCACCAGAAAGAUUUGUUUCCAAGUAGUUUGCACACGAGGCUCACUCUGUGGAUCAGUCAUGAGUACCGGGGAGAUACAUCACCUGAACUACCUGAAUGAAAACGAACUGAUGGAGAUGGACACGUUCAUUCACCGCAUCGAUUCUACUGAGGUGAUUUAUCAGCCGCGCAGGAAGAGAGCGAAGUUGAUAGGGAAGUACUUGAUGGGGGACCUGCUGGGGGAGGGAUCAUAUGGCAAAGUGAAAGAGAUGCUGGACUCUGAAACCCUCUGCCGCAGGGCUGUCAAGAUACUGAAAAAGAAGAAGUUAAGGAGGAUUCCCAACGGAGAAGCCAAUGUGAAAAAGGAGAUUCAGCUGCUAAGAAGACUCCAACACAAGAAUGUGAUUCAAUUGGUGGACGUUCUCUAUAAUGAGGAGAAGCAAAAAAUGUAUAUGGUGAUGGAGUAUUGCGUGUGCGGGAUGCAAGAAAUGCUGGACAGCGUCCCGGAAAAAAGGUUUCCUAUAUUUCAAGCUCACGGGUACUUUUGCCAACUCUUAGAUGGCCUUGAAUAUUUGCACAGCCAGGGAAUUGUUCACAAAGACAUUAAACCAGGCAAUCUGCUGUUGACCACAGAUGGGGCACUUAAAAUCUCGGAUCUGGGUGUAGCUGAGGCCCUGCACCCUUUUGCCGAGGACGACACGUGUCGAACGAGUCAGGGCUCUCCGGCCUUUCAGCCGCCAGAGAUUGCCAACGGCCUGGAUACAUUUUCAGGGUUUAAAGUGGACAUUUGGUCUGCGGGAGUAACACUAUACAACAUUACUACGAGUCUUUAUCCGUUUGAGGGGGACAACAUCUAUAAGCUAUUUGAGAACAUCGGCAAAGGAGAAUUUACUAUUCCUGAGGAGUGCGGACCGCUCCUCUCAGACCUGCUGCGAGGAAUGCUCGAGUAUGACCCUGCAAAGAGGUUUUCCAUACAAAAUAUAAGACAACACAACUGGGUGCGUAAGAAACACCCACCGACGGAGCUCCCCGUGCCCAUCCCCGCCAGCGCAGAGAGCCGAGACCCUUGGCGCAGUAUGACGGUGGUGCCCUACUUGGAGGACCUCCACGGCUACACUGAAGACGACGAUGACGAGCUUUAUGACGGAGAAGACGAGUUCAUCUACACUCAGGAUUUUACAAUGCCAGGACAAGUGGCCGAAGAUGAUCACGAACUGGAGCACGAGGACUACAGCCCGCCUACGGCCAAGCCCUUUUGCGUGAACGGAACCGAGGCGGGCUCUCUGAACAGCAAGGCCAAAAGCGAACGACGAUCUUCGUCCUCGUCCAACCCCUCGCGCAAAGGGGUCUCCACGGCGAGCAAGAUCCGCAAGCUCUCCACCUGCAAGCAGCAAUGACGCUCCACUCCUCCUCUUCAGUCUCUGUUGGCAGCAGCCCAUCUGGUGGAGCUGUCCCCAGUCCUCGUCUGUCUGCAGCGGACACGCUUGUGAGAGAAACCUGCUGAAGUUGACGCCCAUCGUGUCUCCGUGGAGCAUCUGGCUUUUUAGAAACGUGUGCUCCGAGUUGUGAACGGGUGUAAUUUUUACUUUCGAUCUCCAGAAAGCUCUGGUAAAAUUUCCAUGGGAAUUAAAAAUGGAGCACUUCAUUUUUUUUUCUUUUUUUAAUAUUCCAAGUUGGAAAAUUUACAUGAAAUU